AUGAAGAGGAUCUCCCCUCAGGGGGAUGGCAAUGGCAACACUGCCGCUGGAACCAAAGCCCCUGGAGGGGAAGGGGCCCAGGCCUGUGUGACGCUGAUGAACAAGACGGGCUUCCUGUGCCAUGACUGGCGGAGCUGCAUCCCGGCCAGCGGGGUCUGUGAUGGUGUCCACACCUGUGCCCACGGUGAGGACGAGGGCGAGGCCCUGUGCCGAGAUGUGCCCCAGAGUCUCCCCAGCUUCCUCGUGGCCCGCUGUGGACCGGGCUCCUGGAUCUACUCAGACCAGAAGUGUGAUGGGACCAACAACUGCGGGGACUGCUCAGAUGAACUGAGCCCAGUGACCGUGUGCCCGCCCUGUGGCCCUGGGUGGUGGCACUGCCCCUCAACUGUCUUCAAGUACUGCGGCUGCGUCCCGAGGAGCCUCUGCCGGGACCAUGUGCAACACUGCUCAGUCUGGUCCGACGAGUACUCCUGUCCUGGACCCUGAGUGGGUGCCCCAGGCCAGAGUGGGAGGCUGGCUGGAAUGGCACUGAUAACCCUUCACACGAGCAUCGCAUCCAAGAACACGAGGCAGGAAGGAGCCUUCAAGAUCAUCUAGUGGAAUCUAUGCACUGUCGUCUCUGAAUAGGAAUUGCCUCUCCUGCUUUCAAGUUGUUUAGCCUUUGUUUGAAUGCUUCCAGUGACAGGGAGCUCACCACCAUGUUAGGUGCUCCUAACAAAGAUGAGAGGAGUCUGCUUCCA